UCCUCAUUUUCUCUCCUCCCACUCUUCCUCCCGCCUCUCAUCCGCCCUUCUUACUUUUCUCCGCGCAAGUUCCAUCGGCAGUCCGUUCCCGCUCUCCAAGAUGUCUCGAAGUCCGCUCUUCGCUCUGUCUUGCCUCAUCACCCUCCUCAUCCUCACUUUUUCCAGUUUCUGUGAAAGUGCCGAUGACCCGAAAGCAGCGGAUGUCAAAGCACCAGAGGCGGCGCGACGUGUGUUCAUGCCCGAGGCGGACGCUGCCACCUUUUUCAAACGCCGCAGUCGCCGCUCAGUGAGAUAUUACGAACAGCUUGCCGAGCAGAGGGUGUUUCGGGUAAACGCGGAGCGCCGGAGGGAGAACAACGAAGAGAAACGCAACGAGUACGAGAACUACGCCGAAGAGGAUCGUACCGAACAAGGCGAACGAAGCAGAGAGAAGCAAGAGCAGUAUCGCGAGUACAACUAUGACGGACAAUACCCUCGCUUUCACUGGUUUCACUAAUUGUCUUCAAAGUCAAGUGAACCGAUAUUUUAAUAUAGCUUAAAAUAUCCUAAAAAUGUUAGAAACAAAUUCUGCUUUGUGUAUAAUUUUUUUUUUUACAUUGGACACACUCAACAAAUAAAGUCAACAUUACGUCAGA